AUUAGUACUGAAUGACCCAAGGCACUUUCAAAAGUUUAGUGAAAGUUUCAGUCCCCCUAAUAAAAUGUUAGACUGCCUUCAAUCAUUGUCCUUAAGGACUGACAUGCUUUCUUUCCCUGACAAAGCAGUAGAUGUUGAAAAAUUGGUGCUAGGAUGUCCUUCCCUCCUUAAACUGCAUGUAGAAGGGAGGAUGGAAAAGCUGCCAGAAGCCCGUCUAUUUCCUCCGCAACUAGCAAAGUUAACUUUAUGGGGUUGUAGACUUCUGGAAGACCCAAUGGUUACAUUAGAGAAGCUUCCUAACUUGAAGUUCCUGAGUGGGUGGGAAAUGUUUGUUGGAAAGAAAAUGGUAUGCUCACAAAAUGGUUUUCCUCAACUGAAAGUUCUACUACUUCGUGGCUUGCCUAAUUUAGAGGAGUGGACAGUAGAGAAUCAAGCCAUGCCUGAUCUUUACCGAUUAGACAUAUCUGAUUGUAACAAGUUAAAAACUGUUCCCAAUGGACUAAGAUUUGUUGCUGGUCUCCGGGAGUUAGAGAACACAUGGAUGCCUAAUUCAUUCAAGACCAGGCUUGGAACUGCUGGAGAGGAUUACCACAAAGUCCAACAUGUGCCAUCCCCAUUGUAUUUUUGA